AUGGGUGGUGAAUUUGUGGAAGCUAUUUACAGAUUUGAUCCUCAACAGGAGGGUGACUUAGCAUUACAUCCAGGUGAUAAGAUUGAAGUUUUGGAAAAACCAUCUCCAGAAUGGUUUAGAGGUAGAUGCAACGGUAGAGUUGGUAUGUUCCCAUCCAACUAUGUGAAACCAGCAUUUAGCGGUGGAUUUGACAGACCUGCAGCCCCACCUCCACCACAAUACGAUCAAAAGGCCAUGGCCUCACAACCUAGUGGUGGUAAUGCUAUGUGGCAACAACCAUCUCCAUACCCACCUCCAUCUACUAACUACUACCAACCACCACCACCACAGCAACAACAGCCACAACCUAUGGUUGUCCAGCAAGAACAGGGCAAGCGCCAUCACGGUUUGGGUAAAUUUGGUAGUAAGUUGGGUAAUGCUGCCAUCUUCGGUGCUGGUGCCACGUUGGGUAGUGAUUUGAUUAAUUCCAUCUUCUAA